UGAUGAACUUCCGGUCCUGAUUCCGGUCCUCCUCCAGAUUUCCUGGUCCCUCAGCUGGUUCGCGGAGCUCCUGCCGCGGCCCUCCAGCUCCUCCCGGUCCUCCGUCCGCCCCGUCAGCCCGCUUCGAGCUCCCGCCCGGCCGCCCGCUGCCGCCGCCAUGUCCGCCUCGGCCGGAUGCUCCCCCGCGGGCCACAGCCCAGGCCUCGGCCCCGGGAUGUCCAUGUUCCGCUGGCUGGAGGUUCUGGAGAAAGAGUUCGACAAAGCCUUCGUGGACGUGGACCUGCUGCUGGGGGAGAUCGACCCGGACCAGGUGGACAUCACGUACGAGGGCCGCCAGAAGAUGACCAGCCUGAGCUCCUGCUUCGCCCAGCUGUGCCACAAAACCCAGACCGUGUUCCAGCUCAACCACAAGCUGGAGGCCCAGCUGGUGGACCUGCGGUCGGAGCUGACGGAGGCCAAAGCGGAGCGGAAGGCGGUGGAGAAGGAGGUCCACGACCUGCUGCUGCAGCUCCACACCCUGCAGCUGCAGCUGCACGCCCAGCAGGGCCAGGCCGAGGACUCGGACACCAUCAAAGACCGGCUGCCAGCACCAACACUGGAGGACGUGGAACAGGAGCUGAAGGCCAGUAAGAAGGAGAAGCUGGAGGAGGCCCGGCUGGAGACGGAGGUUCGGCUCUACAAGAAGGAGAACGAGGCCCUCCGCAGGCACAUGGCGGUACUGCAGGCCGAGGUGUACGGAGCCAGACUGGCGGCUAAAUACCUGGACAAGGAGCUGGCCGGCAGGGUGCAGCAGAUCCAGCUGCUGGGUCGAGACAUGAAGGGGCCGGCGCACGACAAGCUGUGGAACCAGCUGGAGGCGGAGAUCCACCUCCACCGCCACAAAACCGUCAUCCGGGCCUGCAGAGGGCGCAGCGACCCCAAGAAGCCCCUCCCCUCCCCCGUGGGACACGACCCAGACCUGCUGAAGAAGACCCAGGGAGUGGGUCCCAUCAGGAAGGUGGUGCUGAUGAAGGAGGACCACGAGGGCCUGGGGAUCUCCAUCACUGGGGGGAAGGAGCACGGCGUUCCCAUCCUGAUCUCAGAGAUUCAUCCCGGCCAGCCUGCAGACAGAUGUGGAGGGCUGCAUGUCGGAGACGCCAUCUUAGCCGUGAACAGCAUCAACCUGAGGGACGCCAAACACAAGGAAGCCGUCACCAUCCUCUCCCAACAGCGGGGGCAGAUCGAGUUCGAGGUGGUGUACGUGGCUCCGGAGGUGGACAGCGACGACGAGAACGUGGAGUACGAGGACGACAGCGGCCACCGCUACCGGCUGUACCUGGACGAGCUGGAGGACGGCGGCGGCGCCCCGCCGGGGGGCAGCUCCGCCUCUCUUCAGGCUCUGGAGAAGAUGACUCUGAACAACCGGCCGGAGAACGGAGACGCCGAGGUGUCCAGCCAGGCCCCGUCAGAGGACCCCCCCUCCAGGCCCCCCGACACCGACGGCUCCUCCUAGAAGCCCCCCGAGAGAGAGACGGCCCGGGCGGAACAACGGCGACAAUCCUGGGACAGAGAGCCGGAGCCGGGACCGUCCGGCUCACCUCUUUCCUCUGGGUCUUCUGGGACGGGGUCUGCUUCAGGGUCCUGGUCCCCCGUGGAGCCAGGAGGGCCGGUUCUGGACCGCUUUGACCACACUGUAGGUUAGGACACGCCCACUUCCUGGUUCACCUGCCGCUGCUUCGUCACAAACACGCCUCUUCUAGCUUUAAAGUUCAGGCCUGGCUUUGGGGCGUCGGGGUGACGGUAUCCAUCCGGUCUCAGCAGGACCAGGAAACCCCCCCGGUCUAGGCUCACUUCUCUAACAGGGACAGCAGGACUCAGGACAGGUCUCACCUUCAGCCCACCUACCAAACACUGAGGAGGCGCGCCCCCCGUCCCCGCCGUCCCCCGGCUCCGUCCUGCUGUCCGUCUCACAGCCUUCUAACACGAUGUUCACUUUAGCCUGAAUGAUGAUUCCUCCCACCGUUACUUCCUCCUCCUCCUCCUCCUCAUCCUCGUUCUUCGGCCCAAAGACAGCAUGUUGUUGACUCUACUGGCUGACGGGAGCCUGCUGGGCUCACCACAGCACCUUCCUGUGUGGCCGGGUGUGUGUGUGUGAGUGUGUGUGGCCGUUUGUCUUUACACCUGGUAUAGAGCGAGCUUUGCCGACUGGGAGUUUUUCCUCUGGUGUGUUACUGAAGCCGUGUUGCUGUUCUCCAUGUCGUGCCGUUGCGAUCCGUUCGUUUCCUAACAGCUGAUUGAGUCCGGAUGGCGUCCGGACGUGACGGAGUGAAGCUCAGCUUCAUCUCCUCUCUGCUCACUGUCAUCGCUGCUUCUCUCUUGUGUUGUUGGCCAAAUAUAAAGCGACGGGAGUGGAAACCCGUCGCUUUGUCAUCUUCGUGCCACAUUUUCACAUCUCCUUCUCAUCUCUUCUCUUUUGUUUUGGUUUGUUUUUUUUUGUUUUUUUGUUGGUGGGGGUUCAAAUAUUCAGUAUAAUGUAUUCAAGUCAAAUAUCAACUGUUUUUAAAUAAAGUUCGGUUCCAUGUCGGUUUAUUUGUAAUU